AUGGCGUCCAUUGCCAUUCCUUUUUCGUCACAAUACUCCAACUACAACCGGUUCGCUGACGACACUCUGGAGCUGAUACCCCUCGGAGCCAUCAGCGCAGUGCGAUACACAGGCAGCGAUACCAUGCAUAUUUUGCACACCCGCCUAUCCUACAGAUCAUGGUCCCAGGAACGUGGCCAUCCCUACCUUGACCCGUACUUCGAGCAACAUUACCACCCUCCAUGUGAAGGUUUCUGUUGCUUUCUAAAUGGUAGCGAUGGGAGGUAUUAUGGAGCGCAGAUCAUUCUGGCCUUGCCAGCCCACGGGCGCUUGCCGUUGCUGCCUUUCGUGUCCAUACUAGACCUCAGGAUCUAUGGCUUUCUCUGCCGCCUCAGGAGCCACCGGCCGCAGCUGUCACACUCUGAUGUGGAGGCUGAGCCGUCGGUAGUGGUAGUGGAAGAGACCGAUGAAGAGACGAGUGAUGAACAAGGAGGCGCAGAGAUGCCAUAUGAAGGGGACCAGAUGCCAUACGAAGGGGACGGUUGGACGAUGGUCAUGAAUACGAUGAUGUUGAAUAUCUUUCGCGGUAGCCGUGGGGCAUGA